AUGAUGUCCUUCAAAUCUUUUGAAGACAUGAUACCUUUUGAGGCUAUGUGUGUACCAAGUGACGAGCUUACAUCAAGCGACUUGUCUUUGGAGUCUCAUGUCUCAACGACCGAACCUCUCUUUGGUGGAUAUGGAGCUUCAACCAACAUACAAGCUUCAGAAGGAUUCGUCACGUUGAAUUUUUCGCCCAAUGUCGACCAAUCUAUGUCGUCGACCUUGCCAUUCUUUGAGCCGUUGUCUUGGUGGUCGACGGUGGCUCAAGAAUAUCGUCCUGAGGACGACAAGGAGUAUAUGAAUGCGUUGGAAGCUGAAGUAGAAGACCGAGACAAAACCAACAAAUCGCUGUUCACUACGAUAGACUGCCGAAUCUGGACAUUGAACCAACUCCGAGCGUCACUACACUUCCCCCUCAAAAAAAACGUCGCUUUUGAAACACGUAAGUUAUUAAUUGUACGAUAUAGACAUGGAAAAAGGUUUUUCGAAGCGUUCUUUGUAACAUAGGCCUACUGUAGUAUUACACUUUAUUAUAAUAGAGCCGAGCGAUUCCUGGUGCUGCUGAAGUCCUACAACCGGCUUCCAGUUAGGCCAACUACAAGGCGGUUCGCGGCAGCCACCGAGAUGGUGGAGCUAAUGUCUUUGAUGUCGGUAGGCCGCGAAUUGUUGAUUGCGACCAUCUACCAAAGAGAGGACAAUGGUAACCUGGCCGAAUACGUCCGCGGACGAGGAAUGAUUUUGGUCGAUGCCUUGCUGAAGCACAGUGUGGGGGUGCUUGCGUCUGUACUGAUUCACGAGUUGGGCCAUGCGUACCACUGCACUAUGCUUAAGAGCAGCUGGCAGCACUACGAAAGGGCGGCUGACGCCGAGCGGCGUAGAGCUGCUCGGGAACAUCGUUCUUAUCGCUGCCCAGGACAUAACGAGGCGUGGAGCUGGUGCUGUGAGGAAGUUCAGUACAGGUUAGGCAUUGAUUUUAUUCCAAUCUUUGAAACAUUUUAG